AGUAUUUCAUUGGCGCUGUUUGCGCUAGGAAGCUUUUACGGGAUUUUAGCGUCCAAAGUCACAAAACGACUUACAACAGGAUGCUGUGAUUAUCCUUCUGAGCACAAGUAGAUAAGAUGACUGGUUUUACUACGCUGCAGGGGAAAUAAUUUCUAAUAACCGGAUAUGAAUGAGGAGUAUACGGCGGAUAUCAGUCUCGUACUUCCGGGUCUAGCGCAGGAAAGUACUACGCAGGUCAAUGGGAGUUCCGGCUGUCUGUCCAGCUCGGACAUCGUCGAGCUGGUCAAGCUGUGGGCGGAGAACCCUGACAUGAAGAUCGGCAACUCGAGCGGCAACUGCAGCUCGCUGGACAUGAUCGGCUGGCUGCACAACCACACCGCCUCCAAGCCCGCGGUGUUCACGAUCGGGCGACAGUUCUACGCCUACUUCACUCCCAUGAUCAUGGUGAUCGGCAUCAUCGGGAACUCUCUGUCCCUCAACGUGUUCCUGUCCAAGAACAUGCGCAGUUUGAGCGCCAGCACGUACCUCGCGGCCCUGUCGACGUCAGACCUGUUAGCGCUCGUCUUCUACGUCAUGAUCGAGUGGCUCAUCAGGGGAAUCCCCGUCCUGUACCCGGACAAGCGCGUGACGUUCAUGCACGUGGACGGGGUGUGCCAGAUGAUCAUGUACCUCCACUACGUGUCUCGAUUCCUCAGCGCCUGGCUCGUGGUCGCGUUCACGGUGGAGCGAUACAUAGGCGUGUGUCACCCGCUGCGGCGGAGGGAUAUCUGUACGAUAACUAGUACCAGACGCAUAGUGCUCGGAUUGGUGAUUGUGUCUCUGAUACUGAACGUCUUCAAGCCCACCCUCAGCAUCGUAAGCGACGUUAAGGGCUGGGGCCGCAUGUGCACUACAAAAGCGGAUUACCGCCACCUGUCGUUCAUUCUGGAUAGCAUCUUCGCUGUGAUGAUAACGCUCGUGCCUUUCGUCAUUAUCACGUGCAUGAACCUGCUCAUCGUCCGGAAGCUAGUUCUGAGGAACAAGCGCCAGAGGGCGUGCAAAGUGAUCACAGAGGAGAGCAUAAUCCGGCUGGAGUUUACCCUCAUCCUCUUGGCCGUGUCCCUGUGUUUCAUCGUGUUUAACAUCCCUUACUUCGUGACGUGGUGCAAGCUCUUUCUGACGUCAAAGUUCAUUCACCUGGAUACAUUCCAAGACGUGGGCUCGUUCGAGUACUUCCAGGGCACGCUCUGGAUCACUCGGGCCAUCUUCUACAUCAAUUACUGUAUCAACUUUUUUCUGUACAGCAUCACUGGUACCUACUUCAGGAGAGAAUUAAAAAUGUUCUUCUUUUACAGAUCUCGAAAAUAUCAGACUUAUACACGCUGCACUCGCCUUAACUCGACAAACUCUCACACCUCGCACACUCCCACACCCGCUCCACAGUCGUGGGUAUGAGGCACUCCACACUGACUGAAGACAGAUCUUUCGGACACUCCUUUUUUUUUGCUUUGCUUUUGUUUUGAAACCAUUAUUGGUACACUUGCAAAGUGUGGUUGGAAGAAGAUCUGUAUUCAGUCAGGUUGUAGACAUGGGCGUCCACAAUGGUCUGUAACUUGAAGUCGCUUCACAAAAUUACGUCAUUCGUGGUGCACGUGGAAUGAUUAUGAUACACGUGAAUCAUACUGAUUACAUUUCCCUGAAUAUCUUGAACUGUGUGGAUAAUAUGUAGGAUAUGUCUGGCAACUGCAAUUUUUCGUUCACAAUGCACACACAUUUCUGUCUCCAAUCUGCGGAUUUUGAUAUCACAUUAUCGGAUGCAGUGUUCGAGAUUAACAGUAUCCCGAUAUCCCGGGGAUACCAGAACUUAAUUUUGGAUACCAGACUUCAAGAACUCAGUAUUCCACCGGGAUACCAUAUAAUACUAAAUUCUCAAGUGGGAUACCAGAUUUUGAAAUGUUAGUAUCCAACUGGGAUACUGCCUAAAACAUUUAAUCUCGAACACUGCGGAUGUGUGUUGCAAUAUUCAUUUGUAUUAGGCAUUAGAGCAUUCAUUCAACUUAAUUCAAUUCUGAAGGGACAAGCAAGGGCUAGGAUAAUUUAUUUGUAUGCAAGGACAAUAUAUUUGUAUACAGCUGAAUUGCCCUUUUCAGUGAGUUGGUCCAUGCGACUUUUUGCCUUGAUCUCCUUCCUAAAAUAGUUCCUGGGACCACCCUUGGAAACAAGUAUAAUUUGUCAUAUAUGACUUUAUUAUCCACAUAGUUCAAGAUAUUCAGGGAACUAUAACCAGUGUGACCCACGUAUGUCAUAAUGAUUUCACGUACACAAUGAAUGACGUAAUUUGGGGAAACUACGCCAUAACUUUAUGCGGCUUCCCCAGUCUUAGAUCUGUGUAAACGCGUAUCAAAAUAACGUCAUUUCGGAAAAUUACAUCGUUUAGUCGUCUCUUUUUAGUUACGUUUGAAACGUUUUGACAUGGUCCUAGCUUGUUAUUCAUACAAAUAAAAUUUAGGAUAAUGUGGAUAAUAAAGAAAUUAUUACACUCGCGUGUGAAUCGUACUGAUUUUACGAAACUCGUGUCAGGAUUCAUGUAUUACCCUCGCUUUCGCUCUGGUAAUACAAGAAUCGUGACACUCGUUUCGUAAAAUCAGUACGACACACAGACUCGUAUAAUAAUAUCUGUAUAUCAUAGCCUGGGACAUGACGUAGCCCAGUGGUAAAGCGUUCGCAUGAUGCCCUAUCGGUCUGGUAUCGAUCUCAGAAUUUGGACACAUUUGGGUUACUUUUCGUUCCAGCCAGUGCUCCACAACUGGUAUAACAAAGGCCGGGGUAUGUACUAUCAUGUCUGUGGGAUGGUGCAUAUAAAAUAUCCCUUGCUAUUAAAGGGAA